CUUUAAAAACUAAAAAUUACAAUACGACGAUAUCGACAAAAGAUAAAACUUCUAUACAAAAUAAAAAAGAAAAGAAACAACGUCGGUUUCAAGUGUGUGUGAGAAGAGAGACGAUGAUAGAGAGCAAAGAAGGAGAAGCCAUGGAAGUGGAAAACAAACAACAAGCAGAUGAUGUGGAAGACGGCCCACCGUCAGGCUGGCAAUCCAUCCCUCUUCCUCUUCCUCUUCCUCUUCCUCAACCUUCUCCACCGCCACCUCCCUCUUCAGAAAUGGCUCAAAUGGUCUGUGGUUCGUGCCGAACUCUGCUUUCAUAUCCAAGAGGAGCCAGACAUGUCCAAUGCUCAUCUUGUCAGAUGGUCAAUUUUGUUUUAGAAGCACAUGAGGUUGGGCAAGUUAACUGCGGGAAAUGUGAAAUAUUGUUGAUGUACCCAUAUCCAGCUUCAUCAGUUCGAUGUUCCUCUUGCCGUUCUGUAACUGAAAUUGGAGCGCACAACAAGAGGCCACCAUGGUCUGUAAUCCAGGGACACCCUCCAAAUCCUAUUCAUUGAGUGGCCUCCAUGGGAUAAUCAUCUUAACAGUACGGGUGGAAGGCUGCAGUGGCAUUUGCAUGUCAUAUGCAAUAAUUUAUUUGGACAAACAGACUAGUGGGGAUGCUAUUGCUAUCUACAUUAUGAAACUUGUUUGGAGCUCAUUAGGAGAGAGAUCAUUUUCCCAUUCUCCAUUUUUUUAUCAAAUCCAAGCGUGUUGAGAAUACAGAGCCUAUGUAAUGCAGUAUCCUGCUUAAUUUUUAGCAAUUAAUACUUUAGAGCCGGUAAGGAGCUUUUUGUCUUCUUUUUCU